UGUGCUAUAUGUGCGCUAUCCGUUACUAUAGCGCCCGUUUUACGGCGAUCUUCGCGACAUAUCUUUACGCAUUUUUCAGUGUUUACACCGGGCUGUGCGUCACGCAGCCGUCAGCGACGCAUCACUGCACCUGAUCUACAGUUGCUGUCUUAUCCGCCCACGUUGGCUCACAGGCCUGGACUCUGGUGUCAAGUGUUUGACAGGGUUGCACUUUAGCUGGGGUGAUGUCCGGCCAACUGUUGUGUCAGAGUAAGCUUUCCUGUGGCUCAGUGGUUAGAGCAUGGCGCUAGCAACGCCAAUGUCAUGGGUUUGAUCCCAAGGAUUGCACGUCUUGAGAAACAAAUGUUUAGUAUCAUGCAAUACGUGUAAAAAUUCCCCAUCACUCCUACAUUUGCAGUGCAAAAGUGACUCACAGCAAAAACAGAAAUAACCCAGCAGCUGGCACCUGACAUUUUUGGAAGUGUUGUGAUGCUGACUCCCAAAAUAUGUCUUGUCACAAUCACCAGCUGCUCUCGACAGCCUUCCACCCAGACCAGCAAACCAAGACACAAUGAGUCUCCCAGACAUCACUCACUUAACUCUUCCCUUAAACAUACAUGCUCUAACUCUUUGUUAUUUGUUUCACAGGCCCCACUUGUUGGUUUCUUCUUAAACAUGUUGAUGUCUACAACAUCAAAUGGUGAAGACUCUAUGCAAUAAAUAACCAGUGCUUUUGUUCCGGUGAAUGCUUGACUCUGGUGUGGUAUCUGGAGCCACAUGACCGUCCAGGCUGGAAGGAUGGAGGUGGCACUAGUGGACUUUGAGAAUGUGGAGAAUAUUGACAACAGCGUGGACAACUUCAACGAUCCAGACUAUCCCAACGAAAUGACGGCUUUGAUGCUCGAUAUGCCAGACUUUAGCCCUGGCUGCACUUAUACUUCAAAAAUGUCCCAAUGUAAAGAGAAAAUUCCCCAGAAUCUGGAGGUAUCACCACAAUCGCCAGUCAUGCCCCCUAACACCAGAAGGGGGCGGGCUAGCUGCGCCAGUAUCAUUUCCAACUGGAAAUUACUUAUGAACAGUGAAGGGACACAAAGCGAGACCAUCUUCAGUCGGUUGGCCAAAGAAUGCUACGAAGACUUAUUUGUGGACAAGCGAGGUUUUGAUGAUGGAGAUCAGAAGGUCAUCAUUAACAUUGCUGGGCUUCAUUUCGAAACACGUCUCAAGACACUGGACCAGUUCCCAGAUACACUGCUGGGGGACCCUAUGAAACGAAUGGGCUUUUUUGACCCAAUGAGAAAUGAGUAUUUCUUCGACCGUAAUCGUCCGAGCUUUGAUGGGAUCCUGUAUUACUAUCAGUCGGGUGGCAAAAUCCAUCGGCCCGCCAAUGUACCUUUGGACGUCUUCACGGAUGAGAUCCUCUUCUACGAGUUAGGACAGGAAGCCAUGGAGCAGUUCCGUGAGGAGGAGGGCUUUAUCAAAGACGUGGAGGUCCCUUUGCCUGCCAACGAGUUCUACAGGCAGUUCUGGUUGCUUUUUGAAUACCCCGAGAGCUCAAACGCAGCCCGAGGGGUUGCUCUAGUCUCCAUCUUCGUCAUCGUCAUCUCCAUAAUCAUAUUCUGCAUGGAGACUCUUCCGGAAUUCCAUGAGGACCUGGAGAUUUUUCCAACUGUGGGUUUUUCCUUAAACCAGACACGCGGUCGUCCCUCGGGUUCUCCGCCAAGCAUCGCUCCUAAAACCAUCACCAGCACCUUCUCCGACCCAUUCUUCAUCAUCGAGACGGCUUGCAUCAUCUGGUUCUUCUUCGAGCUCAGUGUGCGCUUCCUGGUCUGCCCCAGCAAACGGAAAUUUUUCAACAACAUCAUGAACAUGAUCGACAUCAUCUCCAUCAUUCCUUAUUUCGUCACUCUGAUAACCGAAAUAGUGACCUCUGCCGAUAAGAACAACACAGGGCAGAACAUGUCCCUAGCCAUCCUACGAAUAAUUCGACUGGUGCGAGUCUUCAGAAUAUUUAAGCUGUCCAGACACUCCAAAGGCCUGCAGAUCCUGGGCCAGACGCUCAAGGCCAGCAUGAGGGAACUUGGUCUACUCAUCUUCUUUCUCUUCAUUGGAGUCAUUCUCUUCUCCAGUGCCAUCUAUUUCGCUGAGGUGGAUGAUCCUAACACCCAGUUUGUUAGCAUCCCUGAUGGAUUCUGGUGGGCAGUUGUUACCAUGACCACAGUGGGUUACGGAGAUAUGUGUCCUAUUACUCUGGGGGGUAAGAUGGUGGGCACUUUGUGUGCCAUUUCUGGGGUGUUGACCAUCGCCCUGCCGGUGCCUGUAAUAGUCUCAAACUUCAACUACUUUUAUCAUAGAGAGACAGAUCAGGAGGACAAGCAGCCCACAGCAGAUGCUAAGUUAUGAAACGCUACAAAACAUGCAAGCACUUCCUCUCUGAACAAGGCAAACAGGAGCUGGCAGAAAGACAAAUCAAAGUAUUAAAAGCACAUUGAAAUUAAUUUUUUAAUAGGUGAAUAUGACAGAAAUUUGUCCAGGUCAUGUUUUACUCCUAAAUAAUAAAAUAAGAUUAUAUUUUAAGAAAGAACAUUAGACAUUGUAAUUGGGAUAUUUUUACAUUGACAUUAUUUUCGUGAGAAGUA